UGUCUUUACAUUCCUCCACAAUAGCAAGAUUUUAUAAAUGGACUUUGACCAGGCAACUUACUUUCCUCUGAGAUGGAGGAUCACUAACAGGAGCGUGGAAGACUCCAGAAUCCACUCUGGCUGGAAUCCGGUGGAUAUGCAGUGUGUACAGACAUCUAGAAUGAGUCCUAUAAAGAAUAAACAUCUCUUGGUUUUGCAUCAUGUUGUUGUCGUCCUCCUUUUUCUAACACAAACUUGUGGUGGUCAGCAUCAAAUGAUUGGUCCAACUCAGCCAGUAGUGGCCAUGAUUGGUGAUGACAUCAUUUUGCCAUGCCACCUGGAACCUGCUGUGGAUGCUGUUGACCUGACUGUGGAUUGGUCCAGAACUGACCUCAAACCUAGAUCUGUCUAUGUGAGGCGAGAGGGUGUGGAGCUUCUGACUGAGCAGAAUCCUUUGUACACAGGAAGAACAUCACUCUCUGUCAACAAACUGCAGUGUGGAGACGUUUCAUUGAAACUCUCCACAGUACAACUCUCUGAUGCAGGAACAUACAAAUGCCUUGUACCUAAAUUCAAUGCAGAAACUGUGGUGACGCUUGCUGUAGGUUCAGUUUCCUCACCAGUCAUAGAACUCAGCAAUGUCAAAAAUGAAAUGGUGUUAGAGUGUAAAUCUAAUGGCUGGUAUCCAGAGCCUCAGAUGUUGUGGGUGUACAGUGAGGGAAAACCCAUUUCUGAGGCACACAUCCAUGUUUCAGGUGAUCUCUUCAUGGUCCAGUCUAACACUGCUGUUCACAUUAUCAUCAACUUGGCUGUCUGUUUAAUAAGCAUCGGGACAGCAGUAAUCCUAAUAUGGAAAUGUGGACAAAAGAAAACCAAAAUCAGCAAACAUGAUGAGGAUGAAAAUGAACUACAUCAAACAGAGAUGGAGGAAAAAUUACAGAGAGAAUGUGAGGAAAAGAAAAGACUUGAAGAUGAGUUGCAGAACAAGGAGGAAGACUUAAAACAUGUCAGACAAACCAUUGAAAAACUGAUGGAGCAGAAGACAUCUCUGAAGAACCAGAGAACAAAACUCAACACACUACUGCAGGAGGACAAGGCAGAGAUGAAAGUGGUCACGAAAAAAGAGAAAGAAACUCCACUAACUGGCAAAGAGAAAAAAAAGAAUAAGCUUGUAGAUAAAAAAACUGACCUGGAAAAGAGAACAGAAGCACAUGAACAACUGUUAAAUAUGACAGAAAAGCUAAUGGAGGAAACAGAGAACAUUAUAAUCCAAAUGACAGAAAGAAAGGGAAAACUAGAAAUAGACAAGGAACAAAUUAUUAAACACUUGAGAGAGAAACAAAAAAAUGAAAGAGAUUUAGAAGAAACUGUCAGAGAAACAAGCGAGAAACAAUGAACAGGUGUGUAAGUUUUUCUUUAAUAUAUUUCUUGCUAAAGUCACACGUACAAACUGUCGUGUUGUGCCUUCAGUUAUAAAGCUC